UUUGGCUCUGGGCUUGGGUAGGAAACCGUCUCCUCAUGUGACUUAGAAGCAAGAGCCUCUCCUGCUCACUGCACAGUCAGGAGUUGACCAUGUCUGUCCUUUGUACAAGCACGGAGGACAGAGCCAUCUUCUGCGGAACCAAGUCUUGGUUUUGUAGGUCUUUUGGCUGCAAAUGUGGAAUGAGGGUUCCUUUUCUGCAGGCCAUUCUUUCUUGGUUUAACGGUGGAGGCCUGAGAAGUGCUGCAUUCAGUCUUCCAUCUCUCUUCUUGUUCUUGUUCCAGGUGGGAUUUUUCCCUGGUGAGUGCGUGGAGCUCAUCAACGGAAAAAUUCCUGAGGCCCUCAUCGAUUCAGCACCAAAGCCAGUGCCAAAGAAGCGCGGCAAGCUCAUCAGCUUCCUUCGUUCCUUCGCGAAGGCCCGCCCAAAGGAACCGAAGCAGCGGGAGAUGGCGAAGGAGAAGGAAGGGGUGUUUGGCUGUGACCUGGGAGAGCAUCUUCUCCACUCUGGCCGUGACGUCCCCCAGGUCCUGCAGAGCUGCGCUGAGUUCAUUGAGCAGCACGGCGUGGUGCAGGGGAUCUACCGCCUGUCCGGCGUGGCGUCCAAGAUCCAGAAGCUACGCCAUGAAUUUGAGUCUGAGCAGAUUCCGGAGCUAAGCGUCCGUGACGUUCACAGCGUGAGCUCCCUGUGCAAGAUGUACUUCAGGGAGCUCCCGACCCCUCUGCUGACCGAGCAGCUGUAUGGCAAGUUCUCGGAUGCUGUUUGUGCCGCUACAGAUGAGGAGCGGUUGCUCAGAAUGCAGGAGGUCAUCCAG